GAUGCUGCAUGGCCGCCUCGCGACUGUCAAGCAGCACAAGACGGCCGUUUGUUUGUUUCGUCAACACCUGCGACAAACAAACAAUAACAACAAACAGAAAUACACAUUGAACUUGUUAUUAUUUUUAUUUGAUUUUUUGUUAGAGAAAGGACGAACAUGGACGUCGACGAAGAUUUCACGCGCUGACUGAGCGAGUCAUGUUGUCUCGUCUGCCGCCGGGGGGAACGGGCCGCUUCCGUGACGAGGAGGAUGAAGAGAGAAAAGCGACUUAACAUCUUAAAACGCCAUCUCGUUACGACACCAUCGAAAAGAUUCAGCAGAGGGAUUUUCAAAUGAAAAUGGAGGAUAUGGCCCUGUCAGGCCCAGACAACACUAGGCUGGAGGCCUUGGUCCACGACAUCUACUCUGAGCUGGUGGAGGACGCCUGCCUGGGCCUUUGCUUUGAGGUGCAUCGCGCCGUCAAGCAUGGCUACUUCUUCCUGGAUGACACCGACCCGGAGAGCGCCAAGGAAUUCGAGAUUGUGGAUCAGCCAGGACUGGACAUCUUCGGCCAGGUGUACAACCAGUGGAAGAACAAGGAGUGCGAGUGUCCCAACUGCAAGCGGCUGAUCGCGGCGUCUCGCUUUGCGCCGCACCUGGAGAAGUGUCUGGGCAUGGGACGCAACAGCAGCCGCAUCGCCAGCCGCAGGCUGGCCAGCAACAACAACAACGUGAGCAAGUCAGAGAGCGACCAGGAAGACAAUGAUGACCUGAACGACAACGACUGGUCAUACGGCGCAGAGAAGAAAUCCAAAAAGAGAAAGUCAGAUAAGAAUCAAAAUUCACCGCGACGAUCCAAAUCACUAAAGCACAAAAAUGGUGAUCUGGGCAGCAAUGUCACUUCAGAAGCUUUCAAGUACAACAACUACAACAACGCCGGGAUCAAUUACGAAACUCUGGGGCCUGAGGAAGUCAGGUCACUCCUGACCACGCAAUGUGGGGUAAUCUCGGAACACACCAAGAAGAUGUGCACCAGGUUGAACACAAGUUGGCAGCAAGACUGGCGAGCCAUCGACCUGCACACGCGCACCUCCAGGUCUCAGCGAUGUCCCCAGCACACGGACGAGCAGAGGAGGAGCGUCAGGGUGUUCCUCCUGGGGCCGUCCGCGUCGUCCCUGCCCGACGUCACAGCGGAGAGCAACACGUUUGAGCUCCAAGGGGACAGUGGUGGGGCUCAGAACCUCAUCAGCCGCCUGCAGUGGGAAGACUCGCCGGAGAUUUCACCCACCGACUCCGCCUCGUCCAGAGCCAGCACCAACCAUUCAGACACUCGCAGGCCGAAGAAAAAGAAGCGAACCUCGCUGGCUUUGAACACCACAGCAGGAGGCGGCGGUGAAGGAACAAGCGGAAAUCUAACGAGUGGCGGCAAUGGCGGUGUCUCGCACAGUAACAUUAGCUUGGCUGCCAAGAAAAAGCGUCCCAAACUUCCUGCUCCUCCUUCUAUUUCCAGUAUCUACGACGACUUGAACUAGCACCAGAGGACAUUUUACCCCACGUCUCUAUGUCAACUUGAGAGGAAGUGUCGGUUUGGAUGAUGCGUUCAGGUGCACCAACAAUCUCGCACACGCACACUCACACACACAUUCCUCUGCUCUCUCUAUUGCUGUGUGUAUUUCAGGUGAAGUGCGACUUGUGUAUAACGUAUUUCCGCAAAUGGUGGCCUCCACUAAACGAUAUACCCCAAAAGAAAAAAAACACCCUCCUCUGAUACAGUACCCCAAAAGCCAAAUCCGAAAAGACAAAUGCCUCCCUUCCAAUAAACACCAUACCCCAAGGACAAACACAAAUCGAUGUCGUACCCUAAAAGACGCCUCCUCUGUAGCCCCACCCUCCAAUAGACACUGUACCCCAAGACAGAUUAAAAAAGACAAACGUCUCCCUCCAACAGAUGCCCUAUCACAAAAGAACAAAUUUAUCCCUCCCUUCAAUAGAUGCCAUACCUAAAAAGACAGAUGUAUCCUUCCAAUUAAGGCUGUACCCCAAAAGACAAAGACCUUCCUCCAAUAGAUGCCAAAGCUCAAAAGACAAAUCGACAACUUUCUCUAACAGAUGCCAUACCCCAAAAGACAAAUAAUAGCUUCCCUCCAAUAGACGCCGUACUCCAAAAGAGAAAUCGACGCCUCCCCAAUAGGUGAAUUUUGUCAUAUUCCAAAAGACAAAUAGACAAGAAGCCACACCCCAUAAGGCACAUAGCACCUCCCUCCAAUAGACACAUCCCUUCAAUUGACACCAUACCCCAAAAGACUGACAUGGGGUCGCGCCACGUUGUAUUACUGGCCACUAUUUGUCGAAAUACGCUACUUUUGUAUACUUAUGUGACAUAUUUUGUUUUGUCAAGAUGAUUGUGACCUGAUUAUUUGAUGUAAAGGAUCCAAAUGGUGAUAUGGUAUUGUACAUGUUUACCACGCACAUGCACACACACUUUGUAUUUGCACAUUUCACUGUCAUGGUGGUUGAGACGGACAAGGUAAGCUCUCGUAUUUUAAAUCUAAUUGUGUAUAUUUUUAUAGUCCCGUGAGGUUUUGUUUGUUUUUUCUUUUCCUGGUGAUGUCAGCGCUAAAUAUCAACAAAUGGGAGAAAAAAAACAAAAAACAUUUUACGAGCGCUGUUCUGCGUUACUGAUGUCUGUAAAUAAACAAAAAGAGUGGAAUUUUUUUUUUUUUUCAAUACUUUUAAUUGGAGACAUCAGACUCCAAAUUGCUUUUUUUCCUCCUAAGUGCCAGAUUAAUCUGUUUCAUUCAUUCAUUUUAUUUACACUGUAUACACAUUGUACACGAAAGACACCAGGCCUGAUAUACUUUCAUGUUACAGUAUCUCAGCCUUUAAAUUAAUUUCUACACGCCACAGAAAAAAAUUUCAUCUUGAAGCAUUGAUAGGGAAAAGCAGCCUCAAAAAAUGGAAAGCAGAAAUAAAAGCUCAAUUAAUCCCAAACUUUAGUCCGUUUUUUCCAUAAAACCUCCACCAAGGAAAUUUGUCUUCAUAACAGUUUGUUAGCGUCUUAGGCAGGAUUAGCCAAAAACUGCCUGACUGGGUCCCGAAGAUGUUUUAUGACGGGGAAGGACAACGGUGGAGGGAACAAGGCGUCAAACAAUGGUGCACUUCUGCUUGG